AUGAUGGCCUUCACUUUGCUAGCUUGCCUGCUCUUCCAGCUACCUUUUGUUUCUCCUGCAAGAAACAUUUCUCUCAAGUGCAUGCAAGAUACUGACGAAUUCCUUUCUGAUCUGAAUUCACUGAAGCCCAAAGAAUACGCUCUGAGAAUGUAUGACUCGGUGGGAAAGCUUGGGAGCAACGUUCUUAAUGGCAAUGUGGACAGGCUGGGAGCCUACACAGAGUGCCUUUCCACCCAGGGCCCCAAGAAGAGAUUCCGGGGGCAGUACUGCAAGCUUCAUAUACUGCAGGAUGGAGCUGAUUAUAGUGUGGGCCUCUGCAUCCCUGAUUCUUGUGCUGAAGAAGAUGUGACCAUGAUGUUUCAGCUGGAUAUUUUAAGAUUCAGAAACACUUCAUUCUUGGCACCUUCCCUCUCCCUCUUUACAAGGAAUUCUUCCUCCUCAUCUCGUGGGAGUGUGGCCAGAUGUGCAGCUGGGGUGUUGCCCCUGGACACUUUUGCUGCUGUCUGUCUGUUCAUCACCUUGUUAGGCCUCAUUCUCCCUGUGACUGGAACCAUUUAUGUAGUCACCAGAGAUUGGGGAUGGAACUCAAGGACAUCACCUGGACAUAGGACCCCUCCCACCAGUUGUGGGAGUCUGCCUUUGAGAAACAUGGAGAGUGAUGGGCAGAGAAGCUGGAUCCCUUGGACCAAUUGCCAGGCUCAUCUCACCCCACCAGGACUUGUGAACAGGGGAAAAAGGUUUCUAGGGGCGGUGGAUCGAGCUCUGCAGUGCUUUUCUUGGCAAAAGAAUGUGCCAGCCAUCUGCAUCACAGAGCUGCCAGGAGGCACCUGCCGGGCACUGAAUGGGAUCCGAGUCCUGAGUCUCCUCUGGAUCAUCUCGGGACACACCAGCCAGAUGACCGCGUGGCUAUCUUUGGAUAACGUGCUUGAAUGGAAAGCCAGAGUGCCGGAAAACCCACUGUACCUCUAUUCCCAGAGCGGCCCGUUCUAUCUUGGCGUGGAUACCUUUUUCCUGAUCAGUGGUUGGUUAAGUGCAAGAUCAUUUCUAAAGAUGCAACAGAAUGCAGACAUGGGAAUGACCCCUAAAGUAAUUCUCAGAUACCUUUUCGAUCGUUUUCUGAGGUUGCAGCUUCUCCACCUGUAUUCGGUGUGCUUGUUGGUUGGACUUUUCUCUCUUGUUCCUUGGGGACCUGUCUGGGAAGUGCCCAAAUUCCACUGGGAUAACUGUCGGCAAGCCUGGUGGACAAAUCUGCUGUUGCUGAAUAACUUUGUCUCUGUUCAGAAUGCAUGCAAUGGCUGGACUUGGUACCUUGCCAAUGACUUCCAGUUCCAUCUCAUGACACCGCUGAUCAUCUUCGUCUAUGGAAAAAAUAAACAUGUCCUUGUCCUCCUCGGGGCCUUGCUGUUCCUGGCAUCUUUCACUGCCACUGCUCUGCUCACCCUGGCUCAUAACCUUCCAGUGGCGUCUCCAUCAGCAGCUAGUGAAAACGAGACUGUGUUAUACUACUUGGAAUACUACACCAAGCCCUACUGCCGAUGUGGACCAUUUCUUGUGGGCCUCUUUUUCAGCAUUUUCAAGCAUCAAAACCACCCUACAAACAUUCUGAAGACUAAGGCGCAGGCCCUGAUGGGCUGGGCAUGCUCUCUGCUGACACUGUUUGUGGUUGUCGCCCUGGCCUACACAGUAGAUGGCACCACCUCUGCCAACUCUUCUGUGACUGCUGCCAUCUACCAGGCCUUCCAUCGGACUCUGUGGGCAGCAGCUGUGGGCUGGGUCAUCUUUGCCUGCCUGGAAGGCUAUGGAGGUCCGGUGAACCAGCUGCUUUCUUGUGAUGUCUGGAGUUUCCCAGCUAACAUCAGUUAUGCUUGCUACCUGGUACAUCCCAUUGUGAUCAUCCUCUACAAUGGACUGCAGGAGACCCUCAUCCACUACACUGACACCAAUAUGUUCUAUCUUUUCUCUGGACACUGUGUGCUGACUUUCUUCUGUGGGCUUGUCCUGACACUGUUCAUUGAGCAGCCGUGGCAGGAGCUGAAGCGGGACCUGUGGAGACCAGUGCCUGCUGGACCAUGAACACACCAACAGAAGGCCAAGAGAGCCAUUCAUUCUCUGGUGGUAAUAAGCAGAGGCAAGGCCACCUUUGGCAUGCAAUGACCACUUGUGAUCCUCAGAAGGGAUGUGAAUCCAAGUUUUGAACAUCUAAUACAUACAAAUUCCCU